AUGGCUGACGCGACAAUGUUGAAGAAAAUCGAACACCACGCUGUGAUUAAAUUCCUCACAAAACAAGGAAAAAGUCAAAAAACUAUUUUCGAAGAAAUGGUGGCUGUCCAUCACGAUUUUGCACCUUCAUUAUCUACAAUACAAAAGUGGUCAAGUGAAUUUAAAAGGGGCAGGGAGAGUAUUGAAGAUGACCCUCGCUUAGGCGGCCCCGUUACUGCCGUUACACAAGAAAAUGUGGAAGAAGUUGCGAAACUUGUACUGGAGGACGCCCGAAUAAAGGCUAAUGAGUGCAAGGUGGGUACCGCGAAUGCUCACAUCACACCAAAAGCACGUGAGAGUGGAGUGCAGUAG